AUGACUAAGAACCAUUGUCGAUAUCUCGCCAAAACAAUGCGGCGUUGCGCAGCUGGAACCUCAGGCACCUUCCCGAUCAAUCUUGGCGUCCACCAAGGCUCAGCCUUGUCUCCUCUGCUCUUCAUACUUUGCACGGAUACAGUGACCAAAGAUAUCCAAACGAGGCAUCCAUGGAUGCUAUUGUAUGCCGACGAUGUUAUAAUAGCAAGUGAAAUGAAACACGGCCUCGAACAACAAGUACAGGAGUGGAAGACGCGCCUUGAACGAUUCGGGAUGAAAUUGAACAUCAAGAGGACGGAGUACCUGGAAUGCAGUGAUCAAACUGAUGGCACAAUCGCAGCUGGUGGGGUCCAACUGAACACAGUGACCCAGUUAAAGUACCUAGGCUCAUGUGUCAACUCCGACUGCACUACCCUAGACGCCAAGAUGCAAGUCAGAGCCGCUUGGAUGAAAUGGCGGCAGGUCACUGGAGUACUGUGCGACAAGAAGAUCCCUUUACGCCUAAAAUCCAAAGUCUACCGCUCCGUGGUCAGACCAGUGGCCCUAUACGGAACUGAAUGCUGGCCAACGACAAAGAAACAUGAAAGGGCACUCCAUACGAUGGAAAUGAAGAUGCUGCGAUGGACCCUCGGCUUGACAAGACUAUACCAUGUCAUGAAUGAAGAGGUGCAGAAAUCACUCAAAGUCGCCCCAAUCACUUAGAAAAUGAGGGAAUCGCGCCUGUGAUGGUAUGGACACGUACUCCGCAACAAUGAAACAUCAAUGGCAAAGACCGCCCUCGAAUUGAAUGUGGAAGGCCGCCGGCCCCGUGGACGACCAUUUACCCGCUGGCUGGAUCGGCUGAAAGACGACAGGCGCCUCGCAAAAGUCACCUGCCGAGACGCCGCAGACUGUACGAAGUGGAAAAAUCGGUGCAAACAAGCAGACCCCACAUAA